AAAAAUGGCGAGGAAGACGGCACUGGAGAAUCCGGAAGCAUGAGGUUGCAGUGCACAAUGAGCGGAACGGCCAUUCAAACCCUAAAAUUGGCGGCAAUUCCAGUAUCGACUUCUCCUUCACGACUCAUUUUCUGGCCAGUAACCAAAACCCUAACGGCAACUCUGGUUUCCCGCCAUAAUCACACGCAGAGACCUCCCUUUACUCUGCUCGUCAGAGCUCUUUCUGUUCAAGCUGUUCAAGCCACAGAAAUCACAGAUAGUAGGAAAGUUGUGAAGCCGCAAUGGAAAGCGGCAAUUGAUUUCAAGUGGAUAAGGGACAAUAAAGAAGAGGUUGCUGCUAAUAUUAGGAAUAGGAAUUCAAAUGCCAAUUUGGAGCUCGUGCUCAAGCUUUAUGAUAAAAUGUUGAAUCUUCAAAAGGAAGUUGAGCGGCUUCGAGGGGAGAGGAAUGCAAUUGCGAACAAGAUGAAAGGAAAGUUGGAACCUUCUGAGCGUCAAAAGCUUAUAGAAGAAGGAAAGAAUCUGAAGGAAGCAUUGAUGACCUUGGAAGAAGAACUCAUCAAACUAAGAGACAAGCUGCAGGGAGAGGCACAGUGUCUACCAAACAUGACUCACCCAGAUGUUCCAAUAGGUGGAGAGGAUAGUUCAAGAAUUAGGAAUUUGGUUGGCCGUCAACGUGAGUUUAGCUUCCCUGUCAAGGAUCACCUUCAACUUGGGAAAGAACUAGAUCUCUUUGAUUUUGAUGCUGCUGCUGAGGUAAGUGGUUCAAAGUUUUACUACCUGAAGAAUGAAGCAGUGAUGCUGGAGAUGGCCCUUAUUAACUGGACACUCUCAGAAGUCGUUAAAAGGGGCUUUACACCACUAACAACCCCAGAAAUUGUUAGAUCCUCUGUCGUUGAAAAAUGUGGUGUUUUUUAUGCUCGUUUACAGGUUUACUCAAUUGAGAACAGUGACCAGUGUCUCAUAGGGACUGCAGAGAUACCUGUGGGGGGAAUUCAUAUGGAUUCUAUUCUUCCUGAGUCAAUGUUGCCCUUGAAAUAUGUGGCAUUUUCUCAUUGUUUUCGAACUGAGGCAGGUGCAGCUGGCAUGGCAACAAGGGGGCUUUAUCGAGUACACCAGUUCAGCAAGGUGGAAAUGUUCAUUUUAUGCCGACCAGAGGAAAGUGAUUCAUAUCAUGAGGAGCUCAUAAAACUUGAAGAAGAACUCUUCUCAUCUCUUGGACUACACUAUAAAACUUUGGAUAUGGCUACAGGGGACUUGGGUGCACCUGCUUCUCGUAAAUUUGAUGUGGAGGCGUGGAUGCCAGGUUUGGGACGGUAUGGUGAGAUAUCAAGUGCAUCAAAUUGUACUGACUAUCAAAGUCGCCGACUUGGAAUUAGAUAUCGUCCAUCAGAGUCACCAUCAACGAAUCCUAAGAAGGGCAACAAAAGCAAUCUUGCUCCAACACAAUUUGUUCACACACUAAAUGCAACAGCCUGCGCUGUUCCUCGGAUGUUGGUGUGUUUGCUGGAGAAUUAUCAGCAAGAGGAUGGCUCUGUUAUAAUCGCGGAACCAUUGAGGCCCUUCAUGGGAGGGAUUUUGCAUAUUUCUCCUAAAUCCAGAUGAAAUGUUGUUUAUUCUUGUUGGAAAUUUCUUGCGUGCAAAGAGAUUUGAAGGAAAAACAUAUUAGAAUAAUUCAAAGAGUUUAAC